CCUGCAAAUGAUGUGCCAGAAGUAAAUAUGAUUCCGAUUAUUUGAAUGCAACCUCUGCAUUUGUCAUUACAGAGGGCUCUGAUAACACUGACAGAAAAAAAACCGGGAAAAUUUUGUUAUGAUGGAUUACGAAAAGUACAAGAAAAAAGUUCAAAAUGCGUUCAAAUUAAGUGGUUAUUCAAUUAAAACUGAAUUAUGUAAAAUUAUUCUUGAAAAUUGGAAUGAUGAAAUAGAAUUCGAUCAAUGGAUCGAUGCAGUAAUCGAUAAUAUACAAAAUUUAUCGUUAUCUCACUCAAAUUUAACUGAAAAUGAUAUUGAAACGGCAGUGAGGAAUUCUUUACGUUCCGGCCAAGAUGACACGGAAACAGUUUUAACCGUGAUAAACGCUUUUGAUACACCAAAAUUUUCUUACGAUAUCGAACGCAAAAAAUUUGUCAAAGAUGAUACCAAAAAUUUAUUAUAUUUUCCGAACGCCGAUGCAAAAUCUGAAUUGUUCACUCGCAGGUAUACGAUAAUAUUACAGCGUGUUCUACGAAAUGAAUUAUUUAAACCAACAUUACUGGGUGAUAAAAGUCAAGAUGUACAACUGAGCUCAAUCGAACAAUUGUUAAGUGCGGGAAAUAAAAAGAAAAAUGCUAUUGUUUUAGGUUUACUGACACAAGUUAAUGAAGGGAAAUGGUUUAUUGAGGAUCCCACUGGAAUUUUACAACUAGAUUUAACAAAUGCUAGAUAUCAUGUCGGUUUAUUUACGGAAAAUUGUAUUGUUCUUUGUGAUGGUACUUUCGAAGAAAAAACUUUAAUUGUCCAAGGAAUGGCACAUCCACCAGUAGAAUUAAGCAUAGACAGCAGAGAGUAUUUUAACGAUAUAAAUACAUUCGGCGGGCCGUCAAAAACUAGUUUAAAAUUUUCCAAACGUCUAUCAGAUAUCGAAAAGAAAAAUCAAAAUGGUAUCAUAUUUAUAUCGGACGUUUGGUUAGAUAAAAUCGAGGUUUUACAAAAAUUAAAAGUAUUUUUCCAAGGUUUCAAUGAUGUACCUCCAAUAGCUUUUGUAUUUAUGGGUAAUUUUCUAUCGAACGAUAAAGGAUGUGAAAAAGCUUAUGAAUUAAAAACAUUAUUUAAAGGAUUAGGUGAAUUAAUUUCUAGAUAUCAAAAUUUAAUUGAACAAAGUACUUUUAUAUUUGUACCAGGGAAAAAUGAUCCAAAUGCAGCGAAUAUUUUACCCAGAGCUUCGAUAUUAGAUUUUAUAACAGAGGAUUUUCGUAAAAAAGUACCGAAAUCUAUAUUUACAACGAAUCCAUGUCGAAUUCAAUAUUGUACUCAAGAAAUUGUUGUGAUACGAGAAGAUUUGUUGACCAAAAUGUUUAGAAAUACAAUUCAUUUUCCUGAACAUAAUGAUAAUAUUGCAGACCAUUUUACGAAAACAAUAUUAGGUCAAGGACAUUUAUCACCAUUUACAUUGAAUGUUUUGCCAGUUUAUUGGAGUUACGAUUAUGCUUUGUCCUUAUAUCCAUUACCUGAUUUAAUUGUUGUAGGAGAUAAAUUUAAAGCAUUUACGCAAUCAUAUAGAGAAUGUGAUGUUAUAAAUCCGGGUCCAUUUUCGACAAAUGAUUAUUCAUUUAAGGUAUAUUAUCCAGCUACUAAAGAAAUUGACGACAGUUACAUACCAGCUGAUUUAUAAGCAAGCCUCCUGUACAUUUUUUUAA